GAGAUCGUGACCUGAACUGAAGUCAGACGCUUAACCCACUGAGCCACGCAAGCACCCCCAUAGUUUAUUCAUUUUAAUUGUAUCAAAGAGUCUUAAAUGUAGCCUUUCAAGUCUUCAGUUAAAAUAACACCUGGGUUAACACUUGGAACAAAAGAUCACAUGUAACAUCUCUUCCCAUUGUCAGUCAGCAUUUUGGGUCUCCAUUUGCUCAUUGGGGGAAAUAAGAAACUGUAGAUUCAUGAUUUUAUUCCCUCAGAGAAGAGCUCCUGUGUUCAUCACUAUGGCCCAUAGCAAAGAGGGUUUAUAUCUAUAGGAGCCUCCAGUAGAUGGGAUUUACUGAUAAAGGGGCCCAGGGUAUAACAGUGCCUGCUAUUUCCUCCAUUGUUAGAGGGUAGUCAGAGGAUGCAAUUGAUGUUCCCUUGGAAAGCCUAGUCUAAUAAACAAAUAAUUAAUCCACAGCCAAGGCAUUACAUGGCCUUUCGUAGUACCUCAUCUACCCUUCUAAAGUCCACAUAAGGGUUUCCCAAAACAGCAUGUUACUUGGUCACUCCCUUUCUUGCACAUAAGGAGUUGUAGAGUGGAAUUAGGUUUAUAUCUUAUACAUUCAUGCAACAAAAAUAUAGUAGGCACCAUAUGUGUGGGUCCCUAUGAUUGGAAUAGAUCCCUGUUCUCCUUAUCAGAGAAGCCAGAAAAUAUUUUAAAAUAAAUAUAAAGCAGUGAGAUAUAUAAUAGGAGUUUAAACAGGAUGCUAUGAGAACACAGGUGUGUGUGUGUGGAGAGGGGGGUUUCUGUCUGUGUGUGUUUGGGGGAUAGCAGAAGUGGAGGAAAUCUAACCCAAUCUGGGGAGAUCCUGGAAGAGUCCAUGGAGAAGUUUCAAUGUAGGAUUUAGUAAGGAGAGUAGACAGGGAAAAUUUGAUCUCAGUAUCUGGGUAUAGUGUUUGCAAAGGAAAGAAGGCAUGAAAGUGUGAACUGUCUGAGAAUCUCUAAGCAGUUCAGUAUGGCAUGGGCCUAAGCAUUUGGGGGCAAUAAUUAAAAAGGCAACUAGGUUUUAAAUGACAAUCUUGAGUCUUAAUUUUAUUCUGAAGGUAAUAGAGAAUCAUUAAGGACCUUAAAUAGAAGAGUGGCAUUUACUGCCUAGCUACUCUGUAUCAGAACCUAGGAAAAGGUAUGAUUAAUAUUUUGAAAAAUAAUAUACUCCUUUCUGUCUGGCUGCAGCCAGCAUCUCACAGGUAAGCAAAGAUGGGAGCUUACAAGUGCAUCCAGGAUCUAUGGAGGAAGAAGCAGUCUGAUGUCUGAGUCCUUUUAUUGGACUCGUGUGCCAUGUGGUGGCCACAAACGCCCAGUCCCUAAGGGUGGGACCUAUGGCAAGCCUGUCCUUCAUGAGGUUAUCCAGCUAAAGUUUGCCCAAAGCCUUCAGCCUGUCACAGAGGAGAGAGCUGGAUGCCAUUGUGGGACUCUGAGAGUCCUGAAUUCUUGCUGGGUUAGUGAAGAUUCCACAUACAAAUUCUUUGAGAUUAUCCUCAUUGAUCCAUUCCGUAAAGCUAUCAGAAGAAAGCCUGACACCCAGUGGAUCAACAAACCAGUCCACAAGCUCAGGAAGAUGGAAAGGCUGACAUCUGAAGACCAUGAGAGCCACGGCCUUGGACAGUUCUAUCACACCAUUGGUGGUUUUCACUAUGAGGAAUAGAGAAGACACAAUACUCUUCAGAUCUGCCAUUACCACUAAUAAAAUAA